AUCAUGGAAUAUGUGGUGUCCAUUUGUAUUUCAACAUAGUAUCUAGAUUCGGCAAGAGUAAGACGGUUAAAGGAAUUUUUUGGGAGGCGUGUAGGGCGUACACAGUUGAUGCUUUUGAUGCUGCCAUGGAUGUUAUGGAAAAGACAAAAGAACCAGUAUGGGAGUACUUAAAAAGUAUAAAUCCAGAAACCUGGUCAAUGGCACAUUUUAAAGGGAACCGAUACAAUCUUAUGUCGUCCAACAGUGCGGAGUCUAUAAAUGCAUUAUCUAGACACGCACGUAAGGUGCCAAUACUUAUGUUGAUUGAUUUUUUUCGUGCUACAAUGCAACAAUGGUGGUUUCAAAGACGUAACUUUGCAGCGGAAGCAACAACAACACUUACCCCUUGGGCGGAUGAAGUUGUAAAAGAAAACAAGAAAAAUUUUACCAAAUGGGAUGUUCGCAUGAUCUCAAAUACGAAAUGCGAGGUCAAAAAGGGGGCACAAAAUGUGAUUGUUGAUUUUCAACAUAUGACAUGUACAUGUAGGCAUUGACAACUUGAUGGGAUACCUUGUGGUCAUGUCAUAAGAUGUUUAACAGUGAACAAUUACCAAGACUGCUCGAGGUUUGCAUUAAAUGCUUACUUUACCGAAACA